AAUGGAUCCAAGCAUUUUAGGUAUGGUGCUCCCAGCUCCGCUUGAUAUCAAUGCCCCAUGCCUUCGUAUUGUCCUUUCGUGAGAGGACCGAGACAACAUUCUCCUCGAGGGGCUCCUGUUUUCUACGAAAUUGGUCGGCCCAUUCCCACCGUUUGGGCACAUAUCAAUUCCUUCGCACUGACCUUCAUUGAGAAAUUCAUCCUGCUCUCCAAUGAACGUAUUUCUCUCGUGCCUGAAGUAGUUGUUUGAGCGCGAGUACGUGCCAAGAAACUAGAACAGCGGUGAGAUGGCCCUUUGAGAUGUACAUACAGUAUUACCCUUACUACCGUUGAACUUCACUUUCCUCCACAAUCUGGCCUCCUAAUCAUGUCUUUGAUCGGAGAGGGGGCAAUCUCGAAGGUCUACAAGUUGAAUUCUUCAAUCGUGGUGAAACGGGCCCGCAUUGGGGUUGAUGAGGAAGUCGACCAUGCCACCGAGCAGAAAAUAUUACAAAUGCUCAAGAAAUGCCGCGAUCAAUCGUACCUCAUCCGCUGCUUCUAUGUCAGAAAAAACGACACUUUUCUCGAGUAUGCGGUCAACGGGAGUGUCGCCACGCUCCUUGACCAAAACCGUCAUUAUGACGCGCAAGGCAACCUUUCGGUCUCACGAUAUAUCGACCGAAGCCUUGUCUGCCAAUGGAUGAAGCAAUUAUCGCUUGCUGCCAAAAGUCUUGAAGAGAUUGGUCUCGCUCACGGGGAUAUCUGCCCAAGGAAUCUUCUUCUGGAUUCCAAGUGGAAUCUGAAAUUAAGCGACUUCGACCGUACAGUGAGGGUUGGAGAUGAUUGUUUGCCAAUAGGUGCACCGUUUGGUCGUCUCCUUUCCGACGAAGAUCGCGGAGACACCGGUACUUACGGCGAGGCGGGUGUUCGUACGGAGACCUUCGCCAUCGGAUCUACCUACUACACGCUUCUCCGCGGUCAUGAGCCAUACGAAACCGAAUUCUGCGGGGAUCAACAUUUCGUGAUAUUGCAGGAAAAAUUUCAGCGAAAAGAAUUCCCAUUACUGGACACUUCGGCUGCAGACUUGGUCAUUCGUAAGUGUUGGUAUGGAGAAUACCGGUCAGUAGGUGAACUUUCGUUGGAGUUCCCUGCUUAUGGACCAGAAGGAUCAUGUGAAGAGCAUGAGGAAUGGCUGAAUUUACGUGAGAUGGAAUGUAAGAGGUUUAUCGAGGAGGGCAUUGUAGAGACCCUGCCAAGGUGAAGAAAAUAAAUCGAUCGACCAGAGUUGAACGAUCGAAGAAAAACAUUUACUAGAAGCGAAAGAUAUAUCGACCAACCUAUCCAGACUUCACGGCACCCUCUCUUCUGGAGAUCAACACUAUCAUAUGUGGAUAUCAAGAGACAAUGGGCACUUGGUGUAUACUAACAUCGGACAACCUCAGACGUGUAUUAUCCGCAAAUUCAGUAAAAAGUGUUGUACUGAAGAUUCGAGACCGGACGCCGAAGCUGAGAUUGCUACCUUCUCAUCGAAAUGUGUCGUUGCAAAGCGAGGCUGCUUAUAGCGAGAGUUACAGGACUGUCUUCUCCAAAUGUCUCUUAUAGCGAUUUCCUUCUCCUCGCCUCCAAGUUCAUCGGCUGCAUAUGGCGCACAGUUCGACGUUUCGUCGGGACGAAAGAACUACCAUUACCUUCACGACCGUAAGAAUCACAUGAACCAUAGGAAAUAGCAGAACACGGGGACCAGACGA